UACAAUGAGGUUCAUUAUUUUUCUACUGUACAUUUUUAUAGUGAAAUCUCAUUCGCAGAGGAUUCCAGAAGACAUUCAAGUGGCUUGGAAAAUCAUCACGAAACCUUAUCACAAUGCGUGUGUGAUGGAAUCACACAUCGAUCCGUAUCUAGCGGAAAACUGGGUGCGUGAUUUUCACAUGCCAGACACGCCAGCGUUCGGGUGCUUUAUAAAGUGUCUUUAUCUAAAUCUGAAUUUUAUGAAGCCAGAUGGAGCCUUCGAUGUACACGAAAUGGUAGAUGUAGCUCAUUAUAUGCCCCAUGAUUUGGCGCGAAUAUGUUUGAAGGACAUAGACGUUGAGAAGAAUCACUGCAAAAGAUCAUAUAAGUUGGGCACAUGCAUCGUGAAUUCAUUAGUCGUAUAGCUAGAUGGUGAACACGUAAAGUUAUUACAAUUACAAUCUUUAAUAUUUGUUUAUAUGGCUCGGGCAAACGUCAGAUAAGCCACAAUUAUGUCCACACAUAGGUAUGACUUAUUUUUGGUUACUUAUUAACACAUACUUCGACCAUUUAAACCUGGACUGCUAGCGUCGUAUAAUAUUUAAUAUAAAAAUUGAAGCCAACAUCUGCAGCGCCAUCACUGGGUAUGACUAAAAUGAGAACUAAAUCCGAGGCGCUAAAUAUGAAAUUUGGAAGAACAAGUAUAUCCGCACAAC